CCCGUCAUCUGCACCUUUGUCCAUCACUAUGAUGGACCUGUUGUGUGGAUGUAUUCGAACUUCUUUCCCCUCUGUUCUAGCUGUGCGCUGCCGGUGAGUGCAGGGACUGUUGGGGGGCUUGAGUGACAAAUUCUAUUUUCCCCUGUUUCGUCUGUCCUGUCGGCUCCUUCUUUUAUCUAUCAUAGUUGAUUAAGAAAAAUGGACGCCUGCGUUGACCACUAUCUUGUACUUGGAUUACCGUCCGGCGAGGAAGGGGCUAAACUUACCGAAAAAGAGAUAUCAAAGGCUUACAAAUUGAAGGCUUUGGAAUUGCACCCGGACAAGAGACCGGAUGAUCCAAAUGCCCAUUCCAACUUUCAAAAGCUCAAGACUUCAUAUGAGAUUCUCAAGGAUGAAAAGGCUCGGAAAUUGUUCAAUGACCUGCUGCGGGUUAAGCGGGAGCAGCACCGCCGACUGUCAGAGCGCGAUGGCAAGCGACGAAAGAUGGUUUCUGACCUCGAAGAAAGGGAGCGGGCAGCUUUUGCCCCUGACCCAUCUGUUAAAGCGCAAGAAGAAGAGGAGAGGAUUGCUAGGCAGCUGAAAGAAGAGAUUGCUAGGAUUCGGGCUAUGCACGCCAAUAAAGGAGCUCCCACAGAGCCUGAUUUGAAGAAAAUGUCUAUGGGAGUUGGGAAAGAAAGCAUGACUAGUGGUGGCUCUGGGUUGGAUAAAGAAAAGGUCCUCAAAGUUUCGUGGGAGAAGAUAGGUGAAGAUUAUACGGCAGAGAAGUUGAGAGAACUGUUUUCCAAGUUUGGCGAAGUAGAGGAUGUGGUCAUCAAGGGCAGUAAGAAGAAGGGUUCUGCACUUGUUGUGAUGGCCACUAAGGAAGGAGCUGUUGCGGCCACAGGAAGUGUUAGCGGUCAUCUUUCUAAUCCACUGCUGGUUUUACCUCUUCAGCCUGCUGUGGCAACACAGUUUUCAAGUUCCGAGAAACCCGUGGAACCUGAUAAGAUCAAUAACCUGGUUGGUGCUGCGUAUCAAGCUUUUGAGAAUUCUGUCUUGGAGAAGCUGCAAAAGGCUUCGCAGAAGCAAAAGUGACAAUUUAUAUGGAUGAUGCAUAAGAUUGCGCUAAUUGGCUAUAAUCCACGCAAAUUCUUUGGGAGUCUGCAACCUGGGGUGAUGAACUAUGGAAACUGAAGAUUUGAGGCUGUCGUAUUGUUAUCAUGUCAUGUUGAGUCAAUGACUCGAUGGUGUCUUUUAGCUUGUGGUCAACAAGAACAAGUGCUUGCAGAUGGUUACUGAGAAGGCGAGCUCAAAACAAUGAAAUGAUGGCACGUUGGCAAAGUCGCUUCUUGUUGCCUAUUGGCUUGUCAGUCAUGAACUCUGCUGUUGUUCAUACAACGUGGUGUGAAUGGACCGCUCAGAUGUAAACCCUUACUAAAAAGACUUCUUUACCAUUCCCUUGUUGAAAGUGGAGGGGUGAUAAUCUACCUUUUCUUUUCUGGUUUUUUUUUUUUUUUUGGAAAAUUUGUGUUUAGCCUUUUUUUUUUUUGUGGAUAAAAAAACUUAGAUGAGUUAGAUUUGAGGUUCAUUAUUGGUGUCAAAUCCUGUGAGAAAAGAGAGAAUGAAUGAAAUUUAUUGUGAUGUUUUUAAGUAUUAA